GCUCCUCCUGCUUGAUAUAGAGACAGAGCUGGUAGAGAGCUGUGCAGGACGGAGCAGUCCGAAAAACAUAAACUACACCUCGGGUAGAUAGCUAGCGCGGUGGGUGGUUUGAGAGAGACCGGCGCACGGGGUUGUAGUCGAGGCCUGGUGUUAAAGCGCAAAGUGGACGGUCGAGGAAAGCGUUUUGUAUUUUAACAACCGACUCCCCAAAUGAACUCCGUCAGAGCCACCAACCGGAGACCCAGGCGAGUCUCAAGGCCGCGCCCGGUGCAGCCCGACCAGAACGAGGGCGACCGAGCAGAUGAGGAGGCUCCAGCUGCAGCAGCGGAGGCGGCUGUGGAGGAGUCCGGGCCUGCAGCUGGGAACAGCCCCUACCAGCUCAGACGCAAGUCUCUAUUGCCCAAGAGAACAGCCUCCAGUACUGCAGUGGCCUGUCCCAGCAAGACUGCUAUGGAGGGAGCAUCCACCUCAACAACAGAACCCUUUGGCCACCGAGCCAAACGGGCCAGAGUCUCCGGCAAAAGCCACGACCCGCCAGCGGCUCCAGCAGAGCAGUACCUGCAGCAGAAGCUUCCAGAUGAGGUGGUUCUGAAGAUCUUCACAUACCUCCUGGAGCAGGACCUCUGUCAAACUGCCUGCGUCUGCAAACGCUUCAGCCAGCUAGCCAACGACCCUAUACUCUGGAAGCGUCUGUACAUGGAGGUGUUUGAGUACACACGUCCCAUGAUGCACCCUGAGCCAGGAAAGUUCUACCAGGUCAGCCCUGAGGAACACGACCACCCCAACCCCUGGAAGGACAGCUUCCAACAACUGUAUAAAGGAGCCCAUGUGAAGCCAGGCUUUGCUGAACAUUUCUACAGCAACCCUGGGAGGUACAAAGGCAGGGAGAAUAUGCUGUACUAUGACACAAUAGAGGAUGCAUUAGGAGGGGUGCAGGAGGCUCAUUUUGAAGGGCUGAUCUUCGUGCACUCUGGGAUCUACACUGACGAGUGGAUCUACAUCGAGUCCCCCAUCACCAUGAUCGGAGCAGCUCCGGGUAAGGUGUCUGAUAAGGUGGUGAUUGAGAACACCAGAGACUCAACGUUUGUCUUCAUGGAAGGAUCAGAGGACGCCUACGUGGGAUACAUAACUAUCAGGUUUAACCCAGAUGAUAAGUCGGCUCAGCACCACAAUGCCCACCACUGUCUGGAGAUCACUGUCAACUGUUCUCCCAACAUAGACCACUGUAUCAUCAGAUCUACCUGCACAGUUGGCUCGGCUGUCUGUGUGAGCGGCCAGGGGGCGUGUCCUAGCAUCAAACACUGCAACAUCAGCGACUGUGAGAACGUUGGACUUUACAUCACCGACCAUGCACAGGGUAUCUAUGAGGAUAAUGAGAUCAGUAAUAAUGCAUUGGCGGGAAUCUGGGUAAAAAACCACGGCAACCCCAUCAUCAGACGAAACCACAUCCACCACGGCCGAGAUGUAGGAGUCUUCACCUUCGACCAUGGAAUGGGUUAUUUUGAGAGUUGUAACAUCCACCGGAAUCGUAUAGCAGGCUUUGAAGUGAAGGCGUAUGCUAACCCUACAGUGGUUCGCUGUGAGAUCCACCAUGGCCAAACAGGGGGCAUCUAUGUGCAUGAGAAAGGACGGGGACAGUUCAUAGAAAACAAGAUCUACGCCAACAACUUCGCCGGAGUCUGGAUCACCUCCAACAGUGACCCUACGAUACGGGGCAAUGCAAUCUUUAACGGUAACCAAGGGGGCGUGUACAUAUUUGGCGAUGGGCGUGGCCUGAUCGAGGGGAAUGAUAUCCAUGGCAACGCUCUGGCGGGAAUCCAGAUCAGAACCAAUAGCUGCCCAAUUGUACGCCACAACAAGAUCCACGACGGACAGCAUGGCGGCAUCUACGUGCAUGAGAAGGGCCAGGGUGUGAUAGAGGAGAACGAGGUGUACAGCAACACACUGGCAGGCGUCUGGGUGACCACCGGCAGCACACCUGUCCUCCGCAGGAACCGCAUCCACAGCGGCAAACAGGUAGGGGUGUAUUUCUAUGACAACGGUCAUGGGGUGUUGGAAGACAACGACAUCUACAAUCACAUGUACUCUGGCGUUCAGAUACGAACUGGCAGCAACCCCAAGAUCCGACGCAACAAGAUCUGGGGAGGACAGAACGGAGGCAUUCUGGUCUACAACUCGGGUCUGGGUUUUAUCGAGGACAAUGAGAUCUUCGACAACGCCAUGGCGGGCGUGUGGAUUAAGACGGACAGCAACCCCACGCUGCGACGCAACAAGAUCCACGACGGGAGAGACGGGGGCAUCUGUAUCUUUAACGGAGGGAGAGGUCUUCUGGAGGAGAACGAUAUCUUCAGGAACGCCCAGGCAGGAGUUCUGAUCAGCACCAACAGCCACCCGGUGCUCCGCAAGAACCGUAUCUUUGACGGCUUUGCUGCAGGUAUCGAGAUAACCAACCAUGCCACGGCGACUCUGGAGGGAAACCAGAUCUUCAACAACCGUUUCGGUGGCCUGUUCCUCGCCUCGGGGGUCAACGUCACCAUGAAAGAUAAUAAGAUAUUGAAUAAUCAGGAUGCCAUAGAGAAAGCUGUGAGCAGAGGACAGUGUCUCUACAAGAUCUCAAGCUACACCUCCUACCCCAUGCACGACUUCUACAGGUGUCACACCUGCAAUACGACAGACAGGAACGCCAUCUGUGUGAACUGCAUCAAGAAGUGUCACCAAGGACACGACGUGGAGUUUAUACGGCACGAUAGGUUUUUCUGUGACUGUGGAGCGGGAACUCUUUCCAACCCCUGUACGCUGGCUGGAGAACCAACACAUGACACAGACACACUCUACGACUCCGCUCCGCCCAUAGAGUCCAACACGCUGCAGCACAACUGAACACACACACACAGACUACAUAAACACACACCCUAUAGUCUACAAACAUACCACACUCCGUCAUACACCACUCGCAAACACAGAUCUGUGGCCAUAAGGAGGCAGAAUAGGGUGUUCUCAGCUGUGACGGUUAUAGAGGAACCCUGAAGCUCAGACACUGCUGCACUGGGGGGGGGGGGGGGGGGUCUCUUCUAGAGGGAGCUAUGGGGCUGGUCUGGAUUUGUCUGGUCUACUGUGAUGAGAAAUUGACUCUGAACGGCCACAUGAGAUUCUCACCGUUGCAUCUUUGGACACCAAAUGGACAGGUAUGUGAGCAGGAUAUGGCUGCUCUGUUGGAGAGUGGCCAAUGAGAGACUUCCUUUGCCUGUGGCCCUUCACCUCUCUGCGGUCCUGGAAAUCAAACUUCCUCCCCAGACAGGAAGAGGAUUAUAUUUAGCCCCGCCCACUGAGAAAGACACUUCUGGUCCCAAGGCAUUGUAGUCCUUGUGGCAACUGUUGCUAAGCAGCGGAUGGCUGAUACAUGUACAGCUCACGGGAGAGAGACUUUGACCGAGCACUUCAGCUUUUAUAUUAUUUUAAUGCUUUCUCAUGUAGUUUUGUAUUUUCAAGCAAAAAUCUUACUGUAUUUCAAUGUCUUUAUAUAUUAUGUUAAUUAUUAUUUUUGUUAGCCCCAGGCUUGCUGCAGUAGCUCUUCAUGUCCCAGUGGAUCAGUUCUUUCUGUGAAAGAGAAUCGCGGUUAACACUAAUGAAGACCCUCUCCAGGUUAUAGAUAUAUAGGACCGGUGGAACAAGGUAGGUAUGGCUGGCUGUUGUGGAUUGUUUUGUGGGUGCAUGUGUAUGGUUGUGUUCAUAUGCAGCCACUGGAGAGGGUCAGAUAUGAGGUAUCGGGACAUGAGUUAUUCUGCGGUCCCCCUCCCACCCGCUCCCCUCCCUGUGUAUUGUGGUGACUGUGGCUCUUCAGGCAGCCUGGAUUGUAAGCAUGUGUACCAUAACAUCUAGACUUAAUAUAUUGUGAAGUAUUAAAAACCAUUAUGUAGAUGCUAGUAUGAAUUCAAAAAGGGUUUUAAUUUCCUAGAAAGAAAAAAAAAUAAAGGAAACUGGUCAUUUGUAAGAAAAUAAAACUAUUAGAUCAGCAUUGUGUGUCUGAUUAACCUCUACGGUUGUUGCUAAUGUGACUAGAAUGACUUAACAGCCAACAUAUGGACAGAAAGUGUAUAUUCUUGUUACUUUAACUGCACUGUCCAAUUUACAGUGUAAAAAAUACCAUGCUAUUGUGUGAUACAUACACCUCGCUCUGAUUUGUCAUCCUGAUGGUCCUAGAGAUGAAAUGUAGGAACUGGGUUCUACAGUUUGAAUCCCAGCUGUCUCCCCGCCCGGCCAGUGUUUUCUAUGGGGAAGCUAAUUAUCCAGGAUGUGUGUAAACUUAGUUAUUACUAUAGCAUUUUUAUGUUCUCUAGUACCAAUUUAGCACAUUUGGGCAAACUCCUGGCAGACUUGAUACAAAAUAGUCUGAGACUUUGCACACACUGCUGGCAAAAAGCUAAAUUACACCUUGACUCCUAUCUAGAUAUGACCUUUCUCUUGCAUUUCAAAGAUGGAACAAAAAAGAAAACGGAUGUUUUUUUCAUUUGUGUGAUCUUUUACCAGAUGUGUUAUACUCUCCUACAUUAAUUUCCACAAACUUCAAUGUUUCCUUUCAAAUGGUAUCAAUAAUAUGCAUAUCCUUGCUUCAUGCAUUUAUACCCAUAUGUCAUUUUAGGCAGAAAUUGGAAAAGGAUUCUGCAUUUAGCCAGUAGUUCUGAAAGUUGCGCUUAAGACAACCGUGGUACCUGGAAAUUGUGUUCUGACAGGUGCUUUCAUAAAAUAUUCAGACCCCUAAACUUUUUCCACAUUGUGACGUUAGCCUUAAUUGCAAAUUUUAUAAAAAAUAAACACAUUAUUUACAUAAGUA